AUGCCCCCGACGGCGUCCACGUCGUCCCCCGCUCCCGCUGCUACUCCUCCGCCUCCAGACGAGCGGAUCCCUCUUUCCUCCGUUCCCGACUUGGUGAAGCUCUUCCCGCCGCUCAUACAAGACGUGCUGGGAGACGAAACAGCCCGGGGAGAUGCCGGCGCCUAUCACGACGAGUUGGAGCAGCUGUAUUGGAUGUACUCGGGAUGGGAGGAAGUCCUCGAGGACUACAAGCGAGACAGUCAGGAUUACACCGCAAAGGAGGAACAGUUCAAUGCAGACGAAGUGCGAGCUGCACACGGCACCAUGCGGGACUGGGGGCGGGUGCAGGCAAGGCGGCCUCAACUGGAGGAAUCGCGGCGCGAGUUGCGGAUUCGAGCGCAAGGACCCGCAGGGCUCGCCAAACUACGCGAGUCCCACCUUGCCCAGCAUCCAAUGCUCGAUCCAGCCCAACGCCUUUCUGCUUUGCCGAGCGUCAACAGCCGUCGCGGAGGAUUCGCUAGACUGGCGAACCUAGUUGCAAAGCCACUACAUGCUUUGCUCGGCACUUCCGCCGUCCGCAUUUGA